GUCAGCAUUCAGCACCCAGAAGAGCAAGGGCAGGUCCGGGGCCCCUGGGUGCAGCCGGGGUUUUGAUAAGCAAAUUCCCGGCCCCACCCUGCCUGGCUCACCAUAUCUGGGCCCACCAUGUGCCCACUGGUCAUCCCUGCUGGACACCAACAUGACAGGUCUAGCCCUCCUGAGUCUCAUGGCUGUGCUGGGCCAUGGGAUGGGUACCCCUCUGUGCCUGUCCCAGCAGCUCAGGAUGCAGGGGGACUACAUGCUGGGUGGCCUCUUCCCCCUGGGCUCAGCUGAGGAGGCCGGGCUGGGCAGCAGGACACAGCCAGGUGGCACUGUCUGCACCAGGUUAUCAUCCCUAGGUCUGCUCUGGGCACUGGCUUUGAAGAUGGCUGUAGAGGAGAUCAACAAUGGGUCUGCCCUGCUGCCAGGGCUGCGCCUGGGCUACGACAUCUUUGACACAUGUUCAGAACCUGUGGUUGCCAUGAAGCCCAGCCUCAUGUUUAUGGCCAAAGCAGGCAGCUGUGACAUAGCAGCCUACUGCGACUACACACGCUACCAGCCCCGCGUGUUGGCCGUCAUUGGGCCUCAUUCCUCUGAGUUGGCUGUCGUCACCGGGAAGUUCUUUGGCUUCUUCCUCAUGCCCCAGGUCAGCUACGGCGCUAGCACCGAGCGGCUGAGUAACCGGGAGACAUUCCCGUCCUUCUUCCGCACAGUGCCCAGUGACCGAGUGCAGGUGGCGGCCAUGGUGGAGCUGCUGCUGACACUGGGCUGGAAUUGGGUGGCUGCCAUGGGCAGCGAUGAUGAGUAUGGCCGGCAGGGCUUGAACCUCUUCUCCAGCCAAGCCAAUGCGAGAGGCAUAUGCAUCGCACACGAGGGGCUGGUGCCACUGCCAGGCAAUGGCAGCCCACGCCUGGGCUCUGUACCAGGCCUGUUGCACCAGGUGAAUCAGAGCAAGGUACAGGUGGUGGUGCUCUUCUCCUCAGCCCGUGCCGCCCGUACCCUCUUCACCUACAGCAUCCAGAGCCGCCUGGCACCCAAGGUGUGGGUAGCCAGUGAGGCCUGGUUGACCUCAGACCUGGUCACAGGGCUACCUAACAUGCCCCAGGUGGGUUCCGUGCUUGGCUUCCUGCAGCAGGGGGCUCCCAUGCCCAGCUUCUCUGCCUAUGUGAGACACCGCCUGGCCCUAGCUGCCAACCCCACCUUUUGCUCCAAGCUGGAUGCUGAGCAGCCAGGGCUGGAGGAGCAUGUGAUGGGGUUACGCUGCCCCCAGUGCAAUCACAUCUCCCCCGAGAACCUGACCUUGGAGCUGCUGCACCACCAGACCUUUGCAGCCUAUGCAGCCGUUUAUGGUGUAGCCCAGGCUCUGCACAACACAUUGGGCUGCAGCACCACGGGCUGCCCUAGCUGGCCAACUGUGCAGCCCUGGCAGCUGCUAGAGAACAUGUACAACACAACCUUCCACGUGCAAGGCUUGGUGCUGCGCUUUGACGCCCAUGGGAAUGUGAACAUGGACUAUGACCUGAAGCAGUGGGUGUGGCAGAACCCCAGGCCUGAGCUACGCACUGUGGGCACCUUCAAUGGCAGACGCCUCCAGCUCCAGCACUCCAGGAUGUGGUGGCACACAGGAAGCAAGGCCCUGUGCCAGGUGCCCCUGUCCCAGUGCUCCAAGCAGUGUCAGGAGGGCCAGGUGCGCCGUGUGAAGGGCUUCCACUCCUGCUGUUAUGACUGUGUGGACUGCAAGGAGGGCAGCUACCAGGAUAGCCCAGAUGCCAUCGUCUGCACUCCAUGCCAGAAGGAACAGUGGUCUCCAGCGCGAAGCAUGCGCUGCUUCCCCCGUACACCCAAGUUCCUCACCUGGGGGGAGCCCACCGUGCUGGGGCUGCUCCUAAUGCUGGGUCUAGUGCUGGGCCUGGUGCUGGCAGCCCUCGGGCUCUUCCUCCAGCACCGGGACAGCCCUCUGGUGCAGGCCUCGGGGGGUCUCAGGGCCUGCUUUGGCCUGGCCUGCUUGGGCCUUGUCUGCCUCAGUGUGCUACUGUUCCCCGGCUAUCCCAGCAACAUCAGCUGCCUGGCCCAGCAGCCACUGCUGCACCUCCCACUCACAGGCUGCCUGAGCACACUCUUCCUGCAGGGGGCCCAGAUCUUCAUAGACUCUGAACUGCCGCCAGCCUGGGGGGCCUGGUUAGUUGGCCACCUGCAGGGGCCCUGGGGCUGGCUGGUGGUGCUGCUGGCGCUGCUGGCUGAGGCAGCACUGUGCACCUGGUACCUGCUAGCCUUCCCUCCGGAGAUGGUGACAGAGUGGCACCUGCUGCCCACAGAGGCACUAGUGCACUGCCGUGUGCACUACUGGAUCAGCUUCGGCCUGGUGCAUGCCAUCAAUGCCCUACUGGCCUUCCUCUGCUUCCUGGGCACCUUCCUGGUGCAGAGCCGGCCUGGCUGCUAUAACAGCGCCCGUGGCCUGACCUUUGCCAUGUUGGCCUACUUUAUCACCUGGGUCUCCUUUGUGCCCAUCUUUGCCAAUGUGCAUGUGGCCUACCAACCCGCUGUGCAGAUGGGCGCCACCCUGCUCUGUGCCUUAGGUGUCCUGGCUGCCUUCCACCUGCCCAAGUGCCACCUGCUGCUGUGGCAGCCAGAGCUUAACACCCCUGAGUUCUUCCAGGGGGAGGGGCAUGGUGAGGUGGCCAGAGAGAGAGGUGGUCGUAGGGUGGGGGAGUUGACUCAGGGCAAAAGUGAAUGA